GCCGCAUCCGGCGGCGUGGGGCGGGGCCUCCCCAGUUGGCCUUGGAGCUGCUUGUCGCGUAGUCAGUUUCUCUGACAAAGGGGCAGCCUGGGCUCCUUUGCCGGCCGCAGCACAGGUAGAAGUUCAACCGGGAAAGAGACGGGGCCCUGCCGGGGAUGCCGGCCCCGAGUGCGGGUGAGGAUGCUGCGCUCGCCGACAGGACCGAGGAGGCUCUGCAGACAGACCUCUUGGCUGCUGACCUCAAGUGCAGCUUCUUUGUCUCCGCGCUGCAGAGCUACAAGCGGGAUUCCGCCCUCCGGCCUUUCCCCAGCUUUUACGCCACUGAAGAAGCCAAGGACUUUGAGGCUUUGCUUGCAGACACCAAUGCAUUGGUGAGCUUGAAAGAGCUCCUUGCGACUCCGCAGAAUGCAGCCCGAGGGACCUGGGAGCUGCUGGGCUGGAUUCUGUCUUCUAGGGCCUUGACCAUCCACAGUGCCAACAAAAAUGAGUACAAGAAGAUCCAGGAGCUGACGGGAGUGCCCAGCGUUGCGGUCCCUGCACCGGACUUCCUGUUUGAGAUCACCUACUGCGGUCAGAUGGAUGCCAAGUUUGAGGAGACCCGGGGCGACAGAGACCUCAUCUACGCCUUCCACGGGAGCCGCCUGGAGAACUUCCAUUCCAUCGUGCACAACGGGCUGCAGUGCCAUUUAAACAAGACCUCCUUGUUUGGGGAAGGCACCUACCUGACCAGUGACCUGGGCCUUGCUCUCCUCUACAGCCCCCACGGACUCGGUUGGCAGCACAGCACCAUGGGCCCCGUCCUGAGCUGCGUGGCCGUCUGCCAGAUCAUCGAUCACCCAGAUGUAAAAUGCCAGGUGCAGAAGAAAGAUUCUAAAGAAAUAGACAAGAAGAGAGCCAGAGUGAAAAACAGCGAAGGAGGCGAUGUCCCCCAGAAAUACUUCGUGGUUACAAACAACCAGCUCAUACGGGUGAAAUACUUGCUGGUGUAUUCUCAGAAACAGCACCGGAGGCCUGCCAGCCAGUCUUGGUUUUCAAAACAUUGCUUUGCCAUCGCAAUGACUUUCUACCUGCUCCUGUUGGUUGCCAUCGGAGCCUGCAACUCUCCAACUUUCGCCUACUACUGGAACAAGAUUUUCGACAUAGAACAAUGAACUUCUAGUCCCUGUGGGGGCACUGACUUUACACUACGUGCCUUAACGCAAGAGCGGUCAAGCUUUUGCGAGACUCGUGGCUCUGAAGCACCAGAGAGGGCCGUGGGGGGGGGGGGGGGGUGAGGGAGCAGUUUCCGCUGUCUUAAACUUCCAGCAAGACGAUGUCAGACCGGAGCUUGAGCUUUGUCUGUUUUCCACAAAAAAAGAAACACCAAGA